AGCGUCAUUUUCAAGUUGGGGCCUUCCGUCCAAGUGAAGUCGUAUCCAUGCGCGCCGCCGAGGUCGCAGCACUGAUUCUUCUUGAGCUCUUGAGCCCUGCGACCAGUGCAUCGUGCUCCAACGAUCAAGCACUGUCUACGGCCUACUCGACUGCCAUGAACAAGAAGAUAUCCCCAGCUUGUGCGCGGGGAGGCGACUGGUGGAAACCUUCAAAUGAAACGAGUUUGUUCAUCACAUCGUACCAUCGAUCCUACUUUCCGCUCCCAUGCACGAUCAGUGCAUGCCGACAAGACUUCGAGGCGUCGGCUGCUGCCUUGAGAGCAGUCAACUGUGAGGAGGCCCAAGCGGCAGCAUCGGCCAUGGCUGGAGUAGUGCAAUUGUGCCAAACGCUGUCACCAGCCCCCAUGCUGCCGCGAUGUACGAAGAGCGACAAUGCAAAGAUGCUGGACUUUCCAUCGGCAUGCGAGGACGUUGUCCCGAACGCCCGAACUGUCAACGCGCUUCUGGAAGUUCCUUUGAAUCAGUUUGGCGCCAUCUGCCGCGCUUCUCAGUGCGUGGACGCUCUGCGCACCGCCGUCAACACCCUGCCAGACUGUCGAGUUGAUUACCCCAAGGACUACUCUGCCGCCGUGCCCAUGAGCAAGAAGCACGUGUACCAGAGCUAUCUGUCGUCGUUCUGUAGCCCAAACGCCGCCCUGACCAAGGACUUUUCAUCGUGCUAUACCAAACUCGCCGCGUUGUACGCCACCCCGUUUUCGGACGAGUGCAACACCGCCGUGGCCGGCAAUGUAUUCUUUUCACCGUCCAAGAUCACCAACUACGCCCUGUACAGGGCUCAGUACGACCUGUAUAUCUACACCACUAAAGUGAUUGCAGCGAUCCCGUCGUGCGCCGCCGAUUUAAACAAUGUGGUCGCUGCGGCCAGCGACACUGGGACGUGCACUUGCAACAUCACGUUCGGGUUUCAAGUACUGCAGCUCGCCCAUUCCAAAGCCUUCACGCCAGCCCCGUCGUCCCCACCAGUUGCGGUAUGCGACAAGAUCCAAGAGCGCCAAUUUCAAGAAAAAUUGGCCGCGGCCGCACCGGUGGUGUGCACUCAAAGCAACCCUUCAUCCACACAAUGGUACGAUGUGCUGCUGCCUCCACUCCCGGAAAUCUCGACUGUGGCGGCUGUGCCUGCUUGUGUCGCGGCGGCCGUCGAGUACACGGCCACGUUUCCACCUUGCGACCUCUCGUAUCCUGCCUUUGGCGACUCGCCCGCUGGCAUUCCCAUUGCGACGAGAACCAUUCGGUAUCUGCUGGCAGCGCAAACUUUGAUGGCCGCACCGACGCCAAUGCCAACGAAAUCGUCGACUGCGGAGUCUGUCAAGCGUGGAGCUGACGGCCAUUUGGUUUGGAAUGUUGCCAUGUGCAUGACAGCAGUAGCGUGUGCCCUGGGAGUCCUAUAGCACACAACAUCGAACACCUGUCGGUCAAA